AUGGCAAAUCCAGACGAAAACAUGGACGUGGUGAACGUAUUUGCCGCCGCUGCAAUGGUGGAAGCCGAAAAGGAGGAACCAGGCAAUCCAAAUGGGAAUGAAUCAAACAAACAUGAGGAACGAACAGUGAGGUUCCCAACGAUUGCAACCGACUUCAUGAAUGAACUGGAGAAGCUAAGCCUGGACUCGUGGAAACGUCUCGUGGAAUGCUUGGCAGUGAUAAAAAAUGAAUUCCUAUGCGACAGAAUGAUAGAAGGUUCCCAAGCCUCGUUGAACCGAAAGAAGGCGAAGUUAAUGUCAGUGGAGGAAGAACAUGUGAAACUGGCACAGUCCGAGACCACAAUGGUAACAACGCUAAACGCCCGUCGUCGCCUAAUUGAAGACUCAAACAAGGCCGAAACAGCAGCAAUGACGAGAUUACGAAAGGCCUUUACGGCAAUAACAAAAGUGGAUCGAGAGCACCUAUUGCGAGGUUUUACGGAACCAACAGAACUGUUCCUAAGUCUGAACAACAAUGACGAAUUAAAGAACAUCGUGCACUUGUCAAUGAUCUUCAGGAUCUCGAAAUUCUUUCCAAUUUCACCACCAAAUUAUUUUGCCAACGUAGCGGCAGAAAUGGGAUUGACGCACCUUUAG